AAAGACCAGUAUGUGUGUGUGUGAGAUGUGAUGCAGGAUCGUGCAGCUUCGUGCGUUCUCGUAUCAUCACAGCUGGCGGCUGUAUACAUACACUCGGCUCUUUGUUUAUUUCGCACGAUGUGUAUAUGGUGUGUGGGCGUCGCGUAGCAAAUGCAAAUGACUUCGACUGACUACUGUUGAGCGACUAGCAAGUAGACUAGUAGAAAUAGAUAGCAACUGACAAUUAGUAGCGUUAAUCGGUGUCGAGUGCGCUGACCUGUGAGGUGAAUAGCAAAUGGUCACUGACCGCGACUGAGCGCGACCUAUUGUUUACAUCUCGUCGUGCACAACGCACAACUCAACGAUCCUGAAAAAACGGCGUCCCGUGUCUCUUCGUUGGUGGGUUCCUUCCGAUCGUCGUCGUUCUCGCGACGAUAAGCGAUCGCGAAUGAAAAUGUCAUCGUCGAAGGUAGCGGGAAGUUCUCCCGCGAGGACUACGAAUAAAGGCGAGCAACAGGAAUUUCCUCUGGGCCUCGAUAAGGAUGCUAGCGAGCAUAGCAUCUCCAGCAUGAUGUCGUGCGUGUCUAUUUCGCCGAAGCACGCAGAGACCAGCCUCCGGGUGAUGGAAAGCUAUUUGCACAAGCAACAGCUGACAGACGUUACGUUGAUCGCGGGAAAUAAACGUAUCCCAGCUCAUCGAUUAGUGCUAAGUGCUGGUUCAGAAUAUUUUGCUGCCAUGUUCACAAGCUCUCUAAGAGAAUCAGCACAAAAUGAAAUAGAAUUAAUGGAUGUAGAUGGAGAUGCAUUAUGGGCUCUAGUUCUUUAUUGUUAUACAGGUUGCAUAGAAUUGCAGGAAGAUAGUGUAGAAACCCUUCUUGCAACUGCGUGCCUAUUACAAUUAAAUCCAGUUAUUAAAGCAUGCUGUCAAUUUCUUAUCAAACAGCUUCAUCCAAGUAACUGCCUUGGUAUACGGAUGUUUGCUGAUACACAGGGCUGUACAGAAUUAUUUGAGCAUGCACAUGCAUAUACUACCAAACAUUUUAUGGAAGUUACAAAAAAUCAAGAAUUUUUACUUCUAUCUGCCAAUGAAGUUACAAAAUUACUUGAAUCCGAAGAUCUUAAUGUUCCUUCAGAAGAAACUAUCUUCCAUGCCCUUAUGAUUUGGUUGGAACAUGAUCCAGAAAACAGGAGCAAAGAUGCCAGCAAAUUAUUAGGUCUAGUCAAAUUACCAUUAUUAUCACCUGCGUUUAUAGCUGACAAUAUUGAGAGCAAUGAAAUUUUCAAAGACCAAAGAAUGGCGCAGGAAUUAGUAAUGGAAGCAUUGAAGUACCAUCUGUUGCCUGAACGAAGACCUCUGCUUCAAUCAGGAAGAACGAAACCGAGAAAAGCUACUGUGGGUACUUUGUUAGCUGUUGGAGGAAUGGAUGCUAAUAAAGGUGCUACAUCCAUAGAUGCAUUUUCAUUACGCGAUAAUGCUUGGAAAUCUCUAGCUGCCAUGAGUAGCAGAAAAUUACAAUUUGGUGCUGUAAUAGUCGAUAAGAAAUUAAUCAUUGCGGGCGGUAGAGAUGGUUUAAAAACGCUAAACACAGUAGAAUGCUUUGAUUUCUCCACUUUUUCCUGGAGUACAUUACCACCCAUGAAUGUGCAUCGUCAUGGCUUAGGAGUGGCAGUCUUAGGUGGACCCUUGUAUGCUGUUGGUGGUCACGAUGGUUGGAGUUUUCUCGAUACAGUAGAGAGAUGGGAUCCAGCAACGCGUCAAUGGAGUUCUAUAUGUUCUAUGUCUAUACAAAGAUCUACAGUUGGUGUAGCUGUAUUAAAUGAUAAAUUAUACGCUGUAGGAGGAAGAGAUAUCAGUUCCUGUUUAAAUACGGUAGAAUGUUACGAUCCACAUACUAAUAAGUGGACACCAUGUGCGCCUAUGUCGAAGAGACGAGGUGGUGUAGGCGUGGGAGUAGUAAAUGGUUGUCUUUACGCACUUGGUGGUCACGAUGCUCCGGCCUCUAAUCCUAAUGCUAGCAGAUUCGACUGUGUAGAGAGAUAUGAUCCUAAAACCGAUACAUGGACAAUGGUUGCGCCAAUGAGUGUACCCCGGGAUGCAGUCGGUGUGUGUGUACUAGGUGACCGACUUAUAGCUGUGGGAGGAUAUGAUGGUCAGCAAUAUCUCACGUUGGUAGAAGCUUAUGAUCCACAUCUCAAUGAAUGGGAAUCCGUUGCUCCUCUUAAAGCUGGUCGUGCGGGACCCUGCGUUGUUGUCAAAAAUUUAACUAAUAGUAUUUAAAUCAUUUUUACUUGAUCAACAGUCAAUAAGACUUAUCUUUACAUGAUUCUACAUUCAUAAUAAAUGUGAAUUAGAUGUUUUAGGAGUAUAACACAAUCUGCUCUCUUGUGAUAUUGCAUAUAUGUUAAAUUAAUUAUAGUGUUA